GGGAGGGGAGGGGGAAUGUGGCAAAAGAACAGUACACAAAGAGGAAAAUACUAAAAACAAAACAAACAACAACAACAACAAAAUGGUGAAAUACCUGCAGAAAAUACAAGAAGAGCAAAUAAAUGCCACAAGCACAAUACUUCUGCAGUUUUGGACCUUUUCUGAAGCAGUAGGGGACAAAAUGUUUGAACAUGUAAUCAACCAGGGAUAUGCUGUUGAUUUUAACAGCUGUGCUUAUGCAAAUGCUUCUUGCAAUGGUUUUUCAAAAAGAUAAGAAAAAGGCAUGCUUUGUAAUUCAGAAACACGUCAACAUGCAGAUGAGUCAAUAAAAAUGGCAUAGGGAGAAUAGGACGUUUGAACUGAAAAUGCUUUAGGUACGAAUGGCUCCCAUAGUCCCACAUGAAUAAAGCAAUAGCUCAGGACUGUGCCAAGAGAAAUGAGCAACAACCAGAAAGGGUUCAGCUAGAAGCUGGCUCAAUGCAGACAAAAUAAUAAUAAUAAUAAUAAUAAUAAUAAUAAUAAUAAUAAUAAUAAUAAUAAUCAAGAGAUUAUCAAAAUAAAUCCAGGGAACAACAUUAACAAGAGGAGGAAUGAUCAAUAAACGUAAAUAGGAUGGCUCAGAUCAGCUUGGAAAUCCCUGUACUUCCGCCUACCCUCCUAUUAAUGUUUGAUUAUUUAGUUGCUCUGCACUGCAAGACAUUCUGUGGCCCACACCAGGAACGCUAGAUCAGGGAGUUUACCCCUUAUGGAGCAAACCUGCGAAACUGGUAAGGCUGGGCUGCCUUGGAGCUCAGGGAGCUCUGCAUGCCAAGCAGAGCGGUAGAAUCUAGCAGCCAAGAUGUGACAGCACUGCUCCUAGGAAAUGAGAGAUUGGGGUCAUUUAAACAUCUAAUUUUAGCGUUGUGGAAUGCACAGGUACCUGAAUCAUGUUCAGGUCAGCAUAUCUUAUGUCACCCCAAAGCACACAUGCCAACUGAGGCAGCUCUCCUUGCCAUCACUGGCAGCAAGACAUUUUGUCUCGAGCGUAGGCAUGCCCAGUUGCUGACUUGGAGCUGACAUCAGCCAACACCAGCUUGAUCUAAUCUCAGUAUCUCAGAGAAUUCAAAACCCUUUAUAGAUGCCAUGGUGGCUCAUAGUCAGUAUGAGACACCAUCUGUGCAAAUCUUAUCAGAGAUGCCUCUCUCAUUCUAGCUGUUAAGCCACACUUAUCCAGAUUCCUGGAUGCAGUUAUUAACUUGCUUCUAGACUUGCUCUGAGGAGAUCUCUGCAGCUUAGCUACUAAAGCUUUGCAGAUGUUUGUUUGAUAACCAAAUAUUUCAUGUUUCAUUCCUACUGACUCUGCCUAACCUGUCUGGGGCAUUGCAGCACGUCUGUAUUUAACAACGCUGAAAUCCUACAUGCAAACUGUGUGUGUGCAAAGGAAGAUAGAGUCCAGACCAUGAACUGGUAGCAAGGUGCCUUUUUUUUGUUUCUUGCAGAAGUAACUUAAGGCAAGCAUGCUGUAGGUGAAUGGAGGAGGACGGCAGCUGUUCUGCUGCAUUUCAGAAAUAAGCCCAUAGAGAAGCCACCAUCUUGUUUUUUCAUUUACUUCAUAGGAUGCCCUGAUCCAGCACGAAGGACACCACACUGCUCCUCAAGGGGAAUUUCCCUGAUCUCACAGUAACACAUUUAGAGGGACGCGUAUUUUGUUGUAUUUCUUGUUAGAGAAGAUGGUAGCAUAGUGCAAUAGAGAAAUCGUUCCUGGGCAGGUUACUUUGCAGAGUGGUUCUCAGCGACUCCAUCCUAAAAAGAAAGAGAUAAUUUCAUUAUAAUAUAUGUUCACAGAAGAGUUUUGUAGCUGCUUAUGGGUCAAAAUUAUCAACUGGUGAACAUUGCAGUAUGGGUGUGUUGCAGACUUUGCACAGGCUGCUGUAUGAGGGGAGAUUCAGAGAGGUACAGUAUAUGUUAACAUAGUCCAUGAAUACACCUACUCUACAUUAAGCUCUUCACAAAACCAUAAGGGGACUUUAUCCCUGCCAUGGGUUAAUUGUCUUCUGCCUGCCAAAUGUCUGCAAGCUGCAGGAGCAGCUUAGGGAGCCAAUUUAGGUUACACAGAGUGUAAAGCUGAGUCACAACCUACUCCAAAAUUCUGCCUACCUUUAGUAAUUUCAUUUCACUUAAUAACUCCAGCCCAGCGGCUUUUUGUUUAAAGCAUAUUUUCAAGAGAGAAAUCCAGCAGCCCUGAUGAGGACACUGAGAUGAAACAGCUUCUAUUCUAGAAGCUUACAGUAUUCUUUGCUGGAAAUCAUGUUCUGUUCCCAGAUUUUAUUUUGCUUGUUUGUUUUCAAUUUCUGGUCCCACAGAUAGGCAGCUUUGGUGCCCUUUCCACAAAGCAGAGCCCUUCAGAAUCUAGUGCACAUCCCCUCCAAGUCCUCAGUGCUUGUUGUUCCUUCCACCAGAAACAGAACUUGGAAAUCAAAUUUGAUCAUUAGAAAAACAAAGAAAGAAAGAAACAAAAAAAAAAAAAAAAAAAAGAAAAAAAAAAGAAAACAGCUUUUCCCUUUUUUAGAGAAAUUGUAAUUCUUCUGUGUCAGUCUGUUACCAUUGCUACUUGUGUGUUCCUUGAGAGUGAUUUCCCACUGUUUCCUCUGUAAUUCAGCAACACAGGAUACUGGCUGAGGCAGUGGGACAUUUUUUACUCAAAGUGGGCAGGCUUUUUAAUCAAAGAUCCUAUAUCUAGAAGACAUAAUUCUUAAUGUCCAUGCCAGUUACUUGUACUUCUCCUGUAAUGUACGUAGCCAAGCAAGUCUGACUGGGAGCAGACUUUGGGAGACUGACCUGGCAACAUUAAGUUUUCACACCCAACCUCCAGCCUAAUUGAAAAGAUGAAACAAUGCAUUAGCGACCAGUGAGCUCAGGGCGCCACUGCUUUUGAUCAGGUUUCUGUGUGUGAGGAGCAGGCGAUGGUGAAGCUUAUUCUACCACUAUUCCUGGGAGAUCCAGAUUUCCCCAUCUCCAGCAAACACUCCACUUAGCACACAGAGAUGUAGUGUCACAAUGCAUUAGCACAAGCAUUAGAAGGGAAAAAAGCAGCAAUCUCUCUGGAAUAGGAGACAUUAAGUAUUUGAAAAUUACAGUUUAAAGAAAAAGUCUAUGAAAACACAGGUCUGACUUGCCACCCACCUCAUUUCCUCCUCCAAAGCAAAUGUAGCAGAGAAAUGGUAUUCUGAUUGGACUCACCAGAUCUUUGUAAUGCCAACAACUGCCAUGGCUACAUCCCAGGAUACCCCAAGACAUCCACUGCUUCUGAAUCUCUGUAAUUUCGUAUACUUAACUGGGGGCACAUAAACAUGUGGCUGUUUAUGCCAGUUCAACCAGGCUAUGUAUAGAUCAGCUAAGGAUACCUUAACAAUUUUGGGUACAUGAGGUAGGAAAGUUACAGGACCCCAUUGCAGAGGGGAGAGUUGAGGAUAGGAUGGCAAACCAGGUAUAAGGUAUAAGAUGCUCUUCUUAUGGUAUAAGAAGAGCAGUAAUAUGCAGUAAAGUGCUGUAGGCUGAGCUCACAGUGUGAAGACAUUUUCCUGGAAUACUCAAGGUUGUGCUCAUGUCUGUCCCAGUCAGACCUCUCUGAAUGAGCUCUUUUAAUGCACCACAACAGUGAUGGUAUCACGGCACUCAGCAGCCGAGCUGACUACCAGAGCCUGGAGAAGGCAAUUCUCUGUUGCAAAAGCUGAGGUAGACAGUUUAAAAGGAAUGUUGGAGCCAACCAUUACAUAAGCACUCAGGAUGAGGGCAGAAGUGCAGACAGUCAUUCCUUCCCUAAGGCGCAGGAACAUGGAGGAGGAAGCUAGGGAAGCAUGCUGGUAUCUCAGCAGGGUGAAAGCCAGAGACGCUUGUACAGAGAUCUGCUGAGAAACUACAAUCGUCUGGAGCGCCCAGUCAUGAAUGACUCCCAGCCCAUUGUAGUUGAGCUUCAGCUUUCUUUGCUGCAGAUAAUUGAUGUGGAUGAGAAGAAUCAGGUGUUGAUUACAAAUGCUUGGCUGCAGAUGUACUGGGUUGAUAUUUACUUGUCUUGGGAUCAGUACGAAUACCCGGGUGUGCAGAACUUGCGAUUUCCAUCCGACCAGAUUUGGGUACCUGAUAUUCUUCUCUAUAACAGUGCGGAUGAAAGAUUCGAUGCAACAUUUCACACAAAUGUGCUGGUGAAUUACUCUGGAUCCUGUCAAUAUAUUCCUCCAGGCAUUUUGAAGAGCACAUGUUACAUUGAUGUCCGCUGGUUCCCUUUUGAUGUGCAGAAGUGUGAUUUGAAGUUUGGCUCUUGGACUCACAGUGGUUGGCUGAUUGACCUGCAGAUGCUUGAGGCUGAUAUUUCCAACUACAUCUCAAAUGGAGAGUGGGAUUUAGUGGGUGUCCCAGGAAAGAGGAAUGAGUUGUACUAUGAAUGCUGUAAAGAACCAUAUCCAGAUGUGACAUACACCAUCACCAUGCGACGACGCACUCUCUACUAUGGCUUGAACCUACUGAUUCCCUGUGUUCUCAUAUCUGGCUUGGCACUGCUUGUAUUCCUUUUGCCUGCUGAUUCAGGAGAGAAGAUUUCUUUAGGUAUCACUGUUCUGCUUUCCCUGACUGUAUUCAUGCUGCUUGUGGCUGAGAUCAUGCCUGCAACUUCUGAUUCAGUCCCACUAAUAGCUCAGUAUUUUGCUAGCAUCAUGGUCAUUGUUGGUCUGUCUGUGGUCGUAACGGUGCUGGUUCUGCAGUUUCACCACCAUGACCCACAAGCAGGAAAGAUGCCCAGAUGGGUCCGUGUCAUUCUGCUGAAUUGGUGUGCUUGGUUUUUACGUAUGAAAAAACCUGGGGAAAAUAUAAAGCCCCUCUCUUGCAAAUAUAGCUAUCCCAAACACCAUCCAAGCCUGAAAAACACAGAGAUGAAUGUCCUACCUGGGCACCAGCCCAGCAAUGGCAACAUGAUUUAUAGCUACCACACAAUGGAAAAUCCAUGCUGCCCCCAGAACAAUGAUCUGGGCAGCAAGAGUGGAAAGAUUACUUGCCCCUUGUCAGAAGAUAACGAGCAUGUUCAAAAAAAAGCUUUAAUGGAUACCAUCCCAGUGAUUGUGAAGAUACUGGAGGAAGUUCAGUUCAUAGCAAUGCGCUUCAGGAAGCAAGAUGAGGGUGAAGAGAUCUGCAGUGAGUGGAAGUUUGCAGCUGCUGUCAUAGACAGAUUAUGCCUGGUUGCGUUUACCCUUUUUGCCAUCAUUUGCACAUUUACAAUACUCAUGUCUGCUCCCAACUUUAUAGAAGCUGUUUCAAAGGAUUUUACGUAAGGAUUUCAAAUAUGAACACAAUGAGCUGAAAGGUAACUUAAAAGUGAAUAUCAUCAGUACUAUUGCUAGAUAGUUUAAACUCAAAACAGAGAAGUGUACUUUUAUGUGCUGACAUACACAGAAGGGGAUAAAAUUAAUUUCAGGAGAUAAUUAUUUCUGAUGUUAGUAAUAGUAGUUACUGAAUAGUAUACAUACUGACCUCUUACUUAUUUCCUAGGUGACUGCCACACAUAAUUAUGUUAUCAUCUGCUACAAAAAAUAGAAAAGAAUCCAAAUCCACGGUGUAUUUAUUAGAAGUUAACACCAGUGUAAAUGUGUUAUUGUAUCUUUGUGGACUUCUAAAUGUUGUAAUAAUUUAAAUGAUAGAUUAAUGACUAGAAGUAGCAUUUUGUUGUUUUCAAUAUCUUUAUGUUUUAUCAUAUUUGUUUAAUGUGGCUGUGACAUUUACUUCUCAGAUUUGACAGGCAUCUCUCCGCAGUUUUAUGAUGCUGCAUAUUGCAUAAAAGAAAAUAAACUAUUAUCAUGUUAGCUCCUAG